GUACUUUUUUUCAAUUGCCGGAAUCCUCAUGGAAGUCGGCCGGAAAAUGACGAAUAUGCUUGUCGCGGCAGCGGCGACGGUGCCGGAGGGUAAUAAAUACAGUUUGAUUAAUUUUGAAGAGACGGAGUUGCGUCUUGGGUUGCCUGGUGGAGGUGGAAGUAGUGGUGGAACCACCAUGGCCAUGGAUGGUGAGACUACUACCACCACCAACAAGAAUGGUGGGAAGAGAGGGUUCUCUGAGACAGUGGAUUUGCAACUCAACUUUCCAUCUAAGGAGUCUGUUUUGGAUUCAACUGAGAAGAAGAGCCCAACUACCAAGGAAAAGAACCUUCUUCCUUCUUCCAAUGAUCCUGCCAAGCCACCCACCAAGACACAAGUGGUGGGUUGGCCACCAGUUAGAUCUUUCAGAAAGAACAUUCUAUCUGUUCAGAAGAACAACAGUGAAGAGACUACUGAGAAAGCUAAUGGUGGAAGUGCAGCAUUCGUGAAGGUUAGCAUGGAUGGAGCACCUUACUUACGUAAGGUAGAUUUGAAGAUGUAUAAGAGUUACCAAGAACUUUCUGAUGCCUUAGGAAAGAUGUUUAGUUCCUUCACCAUAGGUAACUGUGGGCCACAAGGAAUGAAAGAUUUCAUGAAUGAGAGUAAGUUGAUGGAUCUGUUAAAUGGUUCUGAGUAUGUGCCAACUUACGAAGACAAAGAUGGAGAUUGGAUGCUUGUUGGUGAUGUCCCUUGGGAGAUGUUUGUAGAUUCAUGCAAGCGCUUGCGUAUAAUGAAGGGAUCAGAGGCAAUUGGACUUGCACCAAGAGCCGUGGAGAAAUGCAAGAACAGAAGCUAAAGAAAGAAACCACCAAACAGCUCAUUUGAUCUCCCACUUUCUUUCUCCAAAGGCUAUAAACUGCAUUAAUGAAGAA